AUGGCCAAAGAGAUCACCCAAGACCGUCUCCCAGCGACCAUACUCAAUCUAGCCAAGCGCGUCGAAGCCCUUCUCAAGCGGCAGUCCUCCUCCCCACCAUCCCGGAUCCUAGUCGCCCUCGCAGGAGUCCCCGGCUCAGGCAAAUCAACAGUGUCAGCGGCUCUUCUCCUGGAGCUUGCCGCAAAGGGUAUAACCGAUGUAGCUGUCGUAGCCAUGGAUGGCUUCCAUCUCACACAAAAGGAACUAUCGCAGUUGCCAGACCCAAAGGAGGCAUUUGCCCGCCGUGGCGCCCCUUUCACGUUCAAUGCGCUUGCAUUUCUCGGCCUCGUCAAAUCUCUGAAAGUCCUCCCCGUAACAGGCCCUUCAGCCCCAGAACAGUUCCUCUACGCACCUAGCUUUGACCACGCGAGGCAAGAUCCCGUAGCCAAUGGCAUCCCCAUUUCGUCAUGGACCCGCGUGAUCAUUGUAGAGGGAAACUACACCCUUCUUGACGAAGAUCCGUGGCGGGAGGUAGCGGCGUUGUGCGAGGAGAAGUGGUUUGUUGAUACACCAAGGGAAGUGGUGUUGGAGAGGCUGGUGGGGAGGCAUAUGAUGGCGGGGAUUGAGACGGAUGUAAAGAGGGCUGUUGAGCGGGCGGAGGCGAAUGAUCUGCCGAAUGGGGACCUAAUUAGGCGGAAGUUGAUCAAACCGGAUGUUAUUGUCGAGAAUUGA